AUGGGCCUCCAAGACCUCAUCGAAGACUUCAUUGACUCCGUCCCAGACGAAAAACUCAGGGCGUUACGCGCAGCGGGAAGGACAAUUAAAAAAGAUGCCAACCUCAGGCUUGACAUGCAAGCGAUUACCCAUGAUGGUCGCUACAACCUGCAAGUCCAAGUUAACAAUAAACCAAAACACACCUCGCUGAGAGAAUUUGCCCCGAAUUCCGUUACAGGCGCCGUCUUGGUUCAAGAAGGCGCCGAGCCGAGCGAUAUCAAAGAAGCGCUGAAAGGCAGCAUUGACCUCAAUGCCGGCCGGAAUGAGCGGCCGUCGGUCAAUGUCGACCGUCGUGUCGUCGAAGAGGAGGAAGUCGAUGAAAAUGCCAGUACCCGUGAAUGGGCCAUGCGGAACCAAGAUGACGCCGAACCUAUCGAGGUUAGGAACUUGGAUGCCAUUGGUGCGGACGGGUUUCUCUGA